ACCAACCUCGAGAUCACUGUUAACAUAACCGUCAACGUAUCUGUCAAAAUUGCCAUUAAAAUCACCAUAAUCAUGAUCCUCCUUCCAUUCCUUUUCCUCCUCCUUAUCUUUUGUCUCGUAUUUACUUGAGUGUCUUUGUUCACCGUUUUAUUGUUUAAAUUUAAAAAAACUGAUUCCUAUCAAAGCAGAGCAAAAAUAAAAGCUAAAAUCAUUAGAGUGGUUAAAAAUUUUCUUCUUCACAGUCUUUCUUUUUCUCUCUCAUUUCUUAUCUUGUCUUAAGCUUACCAAAAUGUUACCAGUUCAAUAUUUGAGUCACCUAAAAGGAUCAAGCGGGAGAAGCAAUCACCAGAUCAACUUCAUAUCAUAAGUGAUCCUUACAUCAAUCCGACUAAUAAAACGGACUCAAAAUACCAUGAAUUCAUCUGCAGUGAAAAAAAGUAAUUUCAGCAAGUUUAUACUGAUCAACCUUUUAUCCAACCUUAAACUUCAAUUACUUUUACUACUUUUACCAAUAAAGCUGAUUACCUGUUUACCUGCGUCAUCGACCUUUGUCACAUCAAAUGUUAAUCACCAUAAGAACCAUGUCAACUAUGGUUUAAAGAAAUACAAGUCAACCUUAAUUGGUCAAGAUAAACCAAAUGUCUCUUCAUAUUGGUUACUUUCACCCUCUCCGUCUGCUUCCGCACCAUGGACUUCAUUUGUUGCCUUAGGAUCAGAAGAGGUUAAAAAUAUUGCAAUCAAUGAGCCACCAUCAUCUUCAGUAUCAAUAUCACCAUCAACGGAAGAUCUAAGUUCAUCAUCUUCAAGAAAUGAAACUGUUAAUCUCUAUUCAUCCAUCGGAAGACCAUUAACCUCAUCUUUCCGGACAAACAUUUAUCGUUGUGAUAAAACAUUAGCCAUAAUUGACUAUAUUGAUGAAAAUCGUAUCUUUCGAUGUGAAUUGUUUGAUCUAGAGAAAAGAUUGGACGAAGCUAAAGAUGCAGCCUCACAACGACGUGUACCAAUUGUUAAUGUUUCAUUUUCAUUUUUACAAAAUUUAAUCUCUCGUUGCCAAGAUUUAGAAAGGUUUAACAUCCAAAAUGGACCUACAGCAAUGAACCUUCAAUCAGACGAUCAAUCAGAAGCCAAUCGAGGUAAUUCAACUGACUCGAUCUAUGGUUUUUGGAGAGGCAUUAUUCCAGGUACCAAAUGGUGUGGACCUGGUGACAUAGCCAAGGAUUAUUUUGAUGUUGGUCAAAUCUGGGAAAUCGAUCUGUGUUGUCGAGCUCAUGAUCAUUGUCCUUAUCGUUUAAAAGCUUUCCGCACUGACUAUGGUUUAAUUAAUUUAGCUUUUUAUACAAGAUCCCAUUGUGAAUGUGAUGAAGAGUUUCAUCGAUGCUUGAAAAAAAGCAACACCAAUUUAGGAUCAACACUGGGAAAUAUUUACUUCAAUGUAAUGCAAGUUCAAUGUUUCAAAGAGGAAGAAGAAACUAGCUGUGUCCGUUCAAGAUUCAAUUCCAAUGGGCAAAAAGAGUGCAUAUCUUAUGCACCUAAUGGCAAUCGAAAAAUGAUCUUCAGUCAACCCAAACCUUACAACUAGAUUCAUUAUCUUAUCGAAAGGUUGAUUUGCUCAUAAUUAGUUGUUUCAUUUUCCGGGAAUCUCAUCAGAUAAUCAACAAACUAAUUAUAAUUCUCAUUGACUCAAUGAUUCAGUCCGGGUUAAUCAGUUUAGUCCAAGACUAGUAAACUCAUUGUUUAACAAUUAAACCCUGAAAACUGGUCAUUGAGUGUUUGUUAUAAACUGUGAUGCAUAGCAUUAAAGACACUCAUGAAUUCGUAUUUAUUCACGAUAAUGUUGAUUAUUUUUAUUCAGUGAUUCUUGAAGUCCACGGUGUCCUUAAUGCUAUGCAUCACAGUCACUCCAACUGUAUGCAAAUCAGUUAAAAUGAUUGCUUUUAAAUUAACACAAAAUUGAAAAUGUUUUGAUAUUAAAGAAAGUCAAUUUUCAUCCGUAUUGUAUUAUGUUUCAACAGCUGUAAAGAAUUGAUUUGGAGUAACCUGAACAUCUCCAAAUAAAUUUCAAACAAGUUCAUUCAUCAGA